CCAUCGAAGUUUAGUAUUUCACACAUGGUCAAAACUUUUAACUUUUUUCUUAAAAAAUAAACUUAACAUAAAAUAAAAUGUCGUUUUUAUUGGUCGAAUGGUCAGAAGAUGACUUUAAGACAUAUUCUGUUGUGUCAAUUGACCAAUUAGAAGACGGAAUUUUGCGUGCGAAUCCUGGAAAACUUGUUGGAACUGUCGUUGCAAUUAAAUGGAAAAGGAACUCUAUCCAUCGUGGUCUCGUUUUACAAAUUGGGAAACACAAAAAUCUCUCUUUGGAAGCUGACAAGUUAGCCGUAAAAGCAGCUGACGAAGCUUCAAUCAUUAAAGAAAAAGACAAGAGCAAAUUUGAUAACUCUUCACGAAUUAAAAGUAAUUUUUGCAAUAUAUUUUUUGAAAUUCUAAUUUUAUAUGAAUUAAUAUUUUUUCCAGUGCAAAAAUCUAAAAACCGAGCCAAUGAAAUUACAGAAAUUGCAUCCCAAAUUCCUUCUUCUCAAUCAGUUGACAUGAGUUUAAAUGCGGAAUUUGCUGACCCUCCUUUGGAUAACGAAACAGUAUCAAAAGAGAAGUAUGAUCGUCUCAAAGGACGUCACGAUAGGUUGAAGGAGAAAUAUCGCGAGUUGAAAAAAUUGGUAGAGAAUUCUCACGAAGUUGAAUUAUAUGAAGGGUCUGGAGUUACAUUGCCAGCUGCUGAAUUAGCUUCGAUAAAGAUUAUGUCGAAUAAACCAACAACCCUGGCCAGGAACUUGUUUCGUCGACUUUUCUCUCCGGAAGAACUAGCGAGUCAUUCCCUAAAUGGAAAAAUUUGUAAUGCAAACCAAUUAGCUCCCCCACUUCCAAAAAUUGACACAGCCAAAUCUGAUGCAGUAAUUAAAUUUGUUCUUAAAGAAGAAGGAUUCGACAACUCACCAAAUGCUGACAUUAAUGAGGCCAACAAAUCGUUUUUGAAGAACAAGAAGGCGGUAAAGCGAGAGAUUAAGAAAUCUCUAUCGGAUUUCCUUAGAGAGUGUAAGAAACGAAAAGAUUAAAAUAUUUAAAAAUAUUUUUGCUUUAAUAGUUUGUGAAAAAUUCUAAAAUAAUUUAAAGAAUUAAAUAAAUAUCUUUUGACGAAUGAAUUCUACCAAAAGUUUUAUGCCUAAUUUAUUCUGCACAAAAGUGGGCCAAUUUUAGCUCCUAAAGUUUUAUGCAUAAACAAAACUGCAGAAAUUUUUCUGUAGCUAGUUUUCUGGCUAAAAUUUUCUGUACAAAAGUGGGCCAAUUUUAGCCAUAAUUUCUGCCGAAUUCGCCACUAUAUUUUCUGCAGAAUUUGGCUCAUUUUUUUCACACGGGCGUCCUAUUUCGCAAUUUCGCAUCGCAAAUAAUUUAGUCAUGUGCUAAAGACUUGUAACGUGAGGGGAUUCGCAAAACACGACUUUGCAAAUCUCGGAAAUAUGCUUCUAAAAAAUACCUGUUUGGAAAUGCAUGUUUUUAUUGCAAUGUUUUUAUUCCAUGAAUUUCUGUAAUUUCUCACACU